UGCAGCAGUCUGCAUCACCAGACAAACCUGACGGAUUUCUGUGGGUUUGUGAAAAACACCAGCUCCUGUGACAUCGACGACGGUUUCAUCAACUACACUCAGCUUCUCUACUGUAGCUUCAGUGAUAUCCCCAUCUGGCUGGCUUGCAUUUUUCUAUUUAUCUGGUGGCUGUUCUUGUUUUGUGGUCUGGCAGUAACAGCUGAUGAUUUCUUCUGCCCAUCACUUGCUGUCAUUUCGGAGAGUCUACGGCUGAGUCACAAUGGUGUGACAUUUCUGGCCUUUGGGAAUGGGGCUCCUGACAUCUUUUCAGCCAUUGCCUCAAUUGGCAACGCCAAGGGUGGAGAUGCUGGCCUGGCAAUUGGGGCUCUGUUCGGUGCUGGAGUGUUUGUGACGGCGGUUGUUGCCGGAUCUAUCUCCAUCAUCAAACCGUUCAAAUCCAUGGAGCGGCCUUUCCUCCGCGACGUUAUCUUCUACCUGGCAGCCACCUACUGGGCCUGGUGGGUCAUGUGGGACAAGAAGAUCACCCAGAUGGAGGCUGCAGGUUUUAUCAUCCUCUAUGUUGUGUAUGUGAUAGUGGUGGUAGCUGGACGAUACAUCAACCAGAAACUUAAAAAGAGAAUUGGACAAGAAAUUUCCAGCGUCAUUGACAACGGUUUUGUGGAUGCCCUUCACGAUGAUAACAGUUCAGGAGUUCUAGAAUCAGGGGUAGCCAACAUGUACAGAACAUCUCCUGGGAGCAACGUACAAAUAGAGGAAUCCACGUUACUUCUUCAUCACACACAGAAGCGAAACAACACAGUGGUUAGAAACUUUCUAGACGACAUCAAUCCUAUAGUUCCAGAGGAGUGGCGGGAGAAACGAUGUCUGGGGAAAAUGUAUGAAAUAUUUAAGAGCCCUCUUGUUCUGCUCUUGAAACUGACUGUGCCAGUCGUUAGCGUGAAGGUCGAGGAUGAUCCCGAGGACAUACAGAAUUGGAACAGACUUCUGAACUCAGUGCAUGUCUUCACAGGGCCAGUGUUUGGAAUCUUUGUCAUAGGAGUUGGUUUUAAUGAAAUUGGCGGUGUUUUCCCCAUAUAUGGAAUAGUCAUCAUUGUUUGUGCCAUCUUAGCUGUCAUCGUCUACUUUACCUCAAAAACUGACGAAAGACCAGUUUACCACACAGCUUUUGCUUUUCUGGGAUUUGUUGUGGCUGUCAUCUGGAUCUACAGUAUAGCCAAUGAAAUCGUCAAUAUACUUCAGGCAUUUGGUGUAGUCCUUGACCUUUCAGACGCCAUUUUGGGCUUGACUUUGCUGGCAUGGGGAAAUAGUAUUGGAGAUCUCAUAGCGGACACAACCAUGGCUAGGCAAGGUUAUCCAAGAAUGGGAAUAUCUGCGUGUUUUGGAGGACCUUUGUUUAAUCUGCUUCUUGGUCUGGGGAUUCCAUUCACAAUCGCCUGUUUCAACAAUGGAGGAACAUUUCAUCUGAAGAUUACUUUUGAGGAAAUGAUUCUAGCUGGCGGCCUGGCCGUGUCCUUGAUAUCCUCUCUUGUCAUUGUAACCUUCAGCAAGUUUCAGAUGUCAAGGCCAUAUGGGAUUUACCUGCUCUGUCUAUACGUGGCAUUCCUCACAGUGGCGGUGUUAACAGAAGUCAAUAUAAUACCGAAUUUUACGUUAUAA